AAAUAUGAUAGAGAAAAUUAAGAUACGUUCUGUAAUUCUCGUCACAUUGCAUCAUAUAUCAUAUAUCAUCUGUUCUUUCCUGUGAUAUCUUGAGCCAUAAUGGAUUGGAAGUUAUAAAUAAAGUUAACCUAGUUGUUAUGUGAUUCGGUUCAUCCUCAUCUGUGAAUCAGUGAGAGAAAGAGUAAGAGAGAGAGAGAGAGUUCACACCAAUUUAGUACGUUACUCUGAAUCGGAGAUAUCAGAUCUCCAGCAUUGACUCUAUGUAACUACUUUCCCCAUGAAUCUCUCUUCUUUUCUGUUUUAGUUUUUGCGUUUUCAUUUUUGCUUCUCACACAAACGGAGCUUCCAAAGUGAACAACAACAACAACAACAUUCAUUCAUCUUUGUUCUUCAAUUUUGAGACAUCAACUCUUGAUUCCUCUCUGCAAUUACAAGAUUUUUGUUUCACCGCAGGUUACUUUGUCUGCAGAGGUUCUGAAAAUGCACCUACCCAUCAUCCAGAUUCAUCAAAGCUGGUCACUUUACCGGAAAAUUGAGCUCCGGGGAGUGUUCUGAGCCAUCAAUUUCAUCUCUUUUUGACAUUAAUUGAAGAAAUUUAACCCAGUGAGGUCAACUGUGAAAAAUGGAGGUUGAGGAAAUGGACAGAGACAAGGUGGAGGUUGGGAUUCCAUGGAUCCCCAACACACCCAUUAAGCUUUCUGGUCCAAAACCAGCUCCGAUCUGCACGGCGACGGAGGAAAACCAUCUGGGUCACCGUGCCAAUGAAGCAGUUGCAUGCGGUGAAGAAAAAGACAAAAGGGUCACCUGUGAUGACGUGUCAGUGCCGGUGACAGAGGUUGCUGGUGAGAGUGGUAAAACUGGGGAACAGACAGGUUCUGAUGAUGUUUUUUCCGGCUGGAGAAAUUUUGUCUCUUCUGAAUUUUCUUUUCCGGCAGAAACAGCAUCGGCAGAUUCUUGUGCUACACCAUCAGGCAAUAACAAUGGGUUGAACAAUUCCCAGGAUCUUCAGGAAACAUCAGACAAUGCUUGCUGUAGCACUGCGCUGACACCGGAUGAUUCCAUGAAAGCAGAGAGUAGAGAGCCUGCAUCUACACAGGUCAAUAUGGAAGGAAAGGAAGCAGGAAAGGAAGAGGAGAAUGUCCCUGCCAAAAAACUUGACAAUGAUGGAGCCCCACCCAAUGAAGGACUUAAUGACUCUGUCAUAGAGUUUUCUGCUGUUUCUUCAUCAUUGAAGGAGAACCACGACCUUGAUAAGGGAAGUGGCCAAAUUACGGAUCUGAAUCAAACACCGGCUCAAAAGCCGAAGAGAAGAAAGCACCGUCCCAAGGUCAUCGUAGAAGGGAAACCCAAGAGACCUCGGAAGCCAGCUACCCCAAAGCCUGUUCAACCAAAAGUAAACUCAACUGGGAAGCGAAAGUAUGUGAGAAAGACAGCGUUGAACAAGACUUCGACUCCUCCCACAGAAGUGACUGGAGAGUUUGCUAAAGAAGUGCCUGAGUCUCCCAAAAGCUCUUGUAGAAGAUCCUUAAAUUUUGAUGUAGAAACUAGAGAUGAAAGUUGUGCGGGAGGAGAAAAUACAACGGCAGGUCUCAAUGUAGGCGCUGCAUGUGAUUCAAAUGCUUCAAUAAAGCAGGCAUCAACUGGGAAGCGAAAGUAUGUGAGAAAGACAGGGUUGAACAAGACUUCGACUCCCCCCGCAGAAGUGACUGGAGAGGUCGCUAAAGAAAUGCCCGAAUCUCCCAAAACGUCUUGUAGAACAUCCGUAAAUUUUGACACAGAAGCUAAAGAUGAAAGUUGUGCAGGAGGAGAAAAUACAACGGAAGUUCUCAAUGCAGACGUUGCAUGUGAUUCAAAUGCUUCAAUAAAGCAGGCAUCAACUGGGAAGCGAAAAUAUGUGAGAAAGACAGCGUUGAACAAGACUUCGACUCCCCCCGCAGAAGUGACUGGAGAGGUCGCUAAAAAAGUGCCUGAAUCUCCCAAAACGUCUUGUAGAACAUCCGUAAAUUUUGACACAGAAGCUAAAGAUGAAAGUUGUGCAGGAGGAGAAAAUACAACGGAAGUUCUCAAUGCAGACGUUGCAUGUGAUUCAAAUGCUUCAAUAAAGCAGGCAUCAACUGGGAAGCGAAAAUAUGUGAGAAAGACAGCGUUGAACAAGACUUCGACUCCCCCCGCAGAAGUGACUGGAGAGGUCGCUAAAAAAGUGCCUGAAUCUCCCAAAAUGUUUUGUAGAACAUUCGUAAAUUUUGACACAGAAGCUAAAGAUGAAAGUUGUGCAGGAGGAGAAAAUACAACGGAAGUUCUCAAUGUAGACCUGGCAUAUGAUUCAAAUGCUUCAAUCAAGCAGGCAUCAACCGGUUGCAUGUCAUUACCAGAAGAUACACAAGCCCCAAUUGCAUCUCCUUCGAGAAGAACCAGCCCUGGGGCAAAGCCAACAGAAAAGACAACUAGCAAGAGGAAGUAUGUGAGAAAGAAAGGAUUGAAUAAGACUUCAGCUCCUGCAACAGAGACACUAGCAAGAGAAGAAAGUUCUACUGUCAAAGAAAAUGCAACUGAACAUCUGGGCAGUGUAGUCACGCAGGAAAUGAGCGCGAACCUUGCCUAUGAAUUGAACAUUUCCCUGGAGCAGGCAUCAAACAUGUACAAGUUAUUAGCAGAAGGUACAGAUGCCACAAAUACAUCUUCAGGAAGAAACCCACGUGAGGCAAAGCCAAAAGAAAACCCAACUGCCAAGAGGAAGCGUGUGAGGUCAGGAUUGAAGAAGUCUUCCACUCCUACAGAAGCGACUGGAGAAUUGAUUAAAGAAAUGGUGCCCAAAUCUUCCAAAACUUGUAGAAAAUCCUUAAAUUUUGACAAAGGAGAUGGAAGUUCCGCAGACAAAGAAAAUGUCAAGCGGAAAUAUGUGAGAAGAAAAGGACUGGAUAAGUCUCCUACUCCAACAGUAAUGGCAGGAGAAAUGACGGAACCAAUGAUGACAGAGUCUAAAAACUUAGAUGUUGGCAAUGAAAAAUAUGUGGUGGUAGAGGAAACACCCGUAGGCGUUGCCUAUACUGAAGAUGCUUGGAUGAGUCUGGCAUUAAAUAAUUGCAUGUCAUUACCUGGAGACAAACUAGCCCUGAGUACAUCUCCUUCAGAAAGCGAUCCCCCUGGAGAAAAGACAAGAGAAGGCCCAGCUUGCAAGAGGACGUAUGUGAGAAGGAAAGGACUGAAUAAGCCUCCUACUCCAACAGUAACAACAGGAGAAUUAACUGAACCUGUUAUGCCUGGAACUACCAUAAUAUCAUGUAGAAGUCCUGCUCAUGAUAAAAACACUUUGGUGAAUGAUGCACUAUAUAAUUACAUGUCAUUACCUGAAGACAGUCAAGCUGUCAGUACAUCUCUUUCAAAAAGCAAUCCACUUGAAGCAAGCCUUAAUGCCAACUCUCAGGAUGGAAAUAUCAGUAGCGCUCAAAUUUCAACAAUAAGGUCACAAAUGGUUGGUUCCAAGAGAAAACAACCUGGUACCAUUAAAUGUGCAGAUAACAGCGGCAUGAACCUGACUGGAGCACACUAUAACGGAUUGCCCUCAUACCAGUCAAAGUUUUGGGUCGAGUUUCCAAAUAUUCAGAGGAAAAGGAGAACUGGAAAGGGGAAAACAUCAGACACUCAUAUUACAUCUUCGGUGACUCCCGAAAAAGAACUGCAACUAACAUACACUCAAGAAGAUGCUCAAGAGCAUCCUUAUGCAUCCAAUUCCAGCUGCUGGAUUUAUGGUUCUGGAUACAAUGCAGCUAUAAUCCCAGGCAUAAGUGCAUCAACAGAAAAUGUUAUUGGUAAUACUCAAAUGAAUGAUGAGUAUCACGAGUACUUGUUAUCGUUGAGGAGGCUGACAGAAAGAUCUCGAUUCUCAACUCAAACUUGGGAUUGUAAUUCUCUAAUGGGAAUUACAAACUGUGUUUCUGAACAAAAUUAUACUGCAAAACGACUAGGCAUUUCAGACUGGCUAACAUUUGGAGUUGCAGAUAGACCGCAGACAUGCAUUAAUGCUUUAGUUGCAGAGAAGGAAGUCUCCCUUGCCAAAAAGAAGAGAAAUAUAAAGAAAGGCGCUCCUUCCAGUUCAGCAUAUCCUAGCACAAAUGAGAUGCAACAGAACGAUAAUUUGGCAUUAACAAACCACUUCCUGCCAUUCCUGCCAUUGGGGAAGUCAUCAGAUGCUGCUCCUGUGAAGAGAAAUAGAAAGAAAGACGCUCCUUCUGGUUCAGCAUAUCCUAGCACAAAUGAGAUGCAACAGAACCAUAAUUUAGCAUUAACAACUCACUUUCUGCAAUUGGAGAAGUCAUCAGAUGUUGCUCCUGUGAAGAGAAAUAGAAAGAAAGAGGCACCUUCCAGUUCAGCAUAUCCUAGCACAAAUGAGAUGCAACAGAACCAUAAUUUAGAAUUAACGACUCACUUCCUGCCAUUGGAGAAGUCAUCAGAUGUUGCUCCUGUGAAGAGAAAUAGAAAGAAAGGUAAUCCUUCCAGUUCAGCAUAUCCUAGCACAAGUGAGAUUCUACAGAACUAUAAUUUGGCAUUAACAAAUCACUUCCUUCCAUUGGGGAAGUCAUCAGAUGUUGAAAUCGAAGCAUUAGCAGAGCAAUUUAGACAGCUAAACAUCAGCACAGACCAGCAUGCACUUGUUCCCUUUCAGGGCUCAUUUAUCAAAAAACAUCAUCCACGACCGAAAGUUGACCUUGAUGAGGAGACAGAUAAAGUGUGGAAGCUUUUGAUGUUAGAUAUAAACAGUCAUGGAGUUGAUGGAACAGAUGAAGACAAGGCCAAAUGGUGGGAAGAAGAACGAAAUGUAUUCCGUGGACGAGCAGACUCAUUUAUUGCACGAAUGCAUCUAGUACAAGGAGACAGGCGAUUUUCUCGAUGGAAAGGAUCAGUUGUGGAUUCAGUGGUAGGAGUUUUCCUCACUCAAAAUGUGUCGGACCAUCUUUCCAGUUCGGCAUAUAUGUCCCUUGCUGCUCGGUUCCCCCCAAAGCCAAGCAGCAUGCGGAAAACAUGCCACGGUGAAGGCACAAGCUUGGAAGUCAAUGAACCACAAGUGCAGAUAGUGGAACCGGAAGAGAACACAGAAUGCGAUGUCAAAUUACUGAAUCAAUCUCUUCAUGACCAGAGUUUUACGACUAUAGAUAUAGCUAAGCAUUCUGGAGAAAAAGAAGCUGUAGAGAGCAAUGAUUCCUGCAGAAUUACCAGUAGUGUAACAGAUGAAUCAAACUGCAGACUGCCAGAUUCAUCUCAAAGAAAUAUUAAGGAACACCAAAGUCCAAUGAGGAGUGGACUAAUUAGCACUUCAAUUGAGGAAUUGGAAGAUAAAUCAUGUUAUGACAGUGCUGGGUUAGAGUCAAAUGUAGUUUCAUCCCAAUGCUCUGUCAUUUCAUCUCAAAUAUCCGGAGAUUUCUCAAAUGAUCAAAAUCCUGAGAAGAUAGGAUCAUCCUCUGAUAGCAACUCAGAAAUAGAAGAUCUCUCCAGCACAGCUAUGUACAACAGUGUUUAUAGUGGCACUUCCUUUAGCAAGCUUCUAGAAAUAGUAAGUUCAACCAAGUUUCAUGAAGUUAACAGUGAAAAAAGCCCGACAGAACCAAAUACUGCUCAAAUUGCACUUGGUCAUUCUCAAACUAUUGCAUCUCAAGUCUAUCCUCAGGAACAAAGCAGUCACAUGCAGCAAAGCUUUUUCAACAUUUCUGAACAAACUCAAGAUCUUGUGAACAAAGAAAGGGGAUUGGAUCUUGGUGACCAUAAAGAUACUGCGAGGAGUGAAACCAAUGAGAUAAGUUCCACCCCAAUAACAUUAAAGAGCAAAGGACAAGGAAAGGAGAAACAGGAAGAGGUUGACUGGGAUAGUUUAAGAUUAACAGCGCAAGCCAAGGCAGGGAAAAGAGAAAGAACUGAAAACACCAUGGAUACCUUGGACUGGGAUGCUGUUAGAUGUGCUGAUGUCAAUGAGAUUGCUAAUACCAUCAAAGAACGUGGCAUGAACAACAGGCUUGCAGAACGUAUUCAGGGUUUUUUGAAUCGACUGGUUGAAAAACAUGGAAGCAUUGACCUUGAGUGGCUGAGAGAUGUUCCACCUGACCAAGCAAAAGAAUACUUGCUCAGCUUCAGAGGACUGGGAUUGAAAAGUGUGGAGUGUGUGCGGCUUUUAACACUGCACCAUCUUGCCUUCCCGGUGGACACAAACGUUGGACGUAUAGCAGUACGACUGGGAUGGGUACCUCUCCAGCCACUGCCUGAGUCACUACAGUUGCAUCUCCUAGAAAUGUACCCUGUGUUGGAGUCCAUACAAAAAUAUCUAUGGCCUCGACUGUGCAAGCUAGAUCAAAGAACAUUGUAUGAGCUACAUUACCAGAUGAUUACAUUUGGAAAGGUCUUCUGUACAAAAAGCAAACCAAAUUGUAAUGCAUGCCCAAUGAGAGCAGAAUGUAGACACUUUGCUAGUGCAUUUGCAAGUGCAAGGCUUGCCCUGCCUGGACCAGAGCAGAAGAGUAUAGUUACCACAGCUGGAAAUAGUGCGACUGAUCAGAAUCCAUCAGUACUCAUCAAUCAGUUGCGGUUGCCUCUCCCUGAAAACACAACGCAAGCAGAAGAAAUUCACCAAACAGAAGUGAGCAGACAACUACAAUUGAAAUCUGAAAUAAAUAUCUGCCAACCUAUCAUUGAAGAGCCGACAUCUCCAGAGCCAGAAUGCUCACAAGUAUACCUAAGUGAUAUAGAGGAUGCCUUCAAUGAGGAUUCAUGUGAAAUUCCAACCAUCAAACUUAACAUUGAAGAGUUCACUUUGAAUUUGCAAAAUUAUAUCCAACAAAACAUGGAACUUCAAGAAGGUGAAAUGUCAAAGGCUUUGGUUGCUUUGGAUCCACAAGCUGCCUCCAUUCCUAUGCCCAAGCUAAAGAACGUGAGCAGAUUACGAACAGAACAUUGUGUUUAUGAGCUCCCAGAUACGCAUCCUCUUCUGGAAGGGUGGGACGUGCGAGAGCCUGAUGAUCCAGGCAAAUACCUUCUUGCUAUAUGGACACCAGGUGAGACAGCAAAUUCAAUACAACCACCUGAAAACAAAUGCAGCUCUCAAGAAGAAUGUGGCCAACUCUGCAGCGAGAAAGAAUGUUUCUCAUGCAACAGUUUCCGUGAAGCAAAUUCACAGAUAGUUAGAGGGACAAUCCUGAUACCAUGUCGAACAGCUAUGCGGGGGAGCUUUCCACUAAAUGGCACUUAUUUCCAAGUCAAUGAGGUAUUUGCUGACCAUGACUCAAGUCAUGAACCAAUUAGUGUUCCCCGAAGUUGGCUCUGGAACCUCAACAGACGUACAGUAUAUUUUGGAACCUCCAUACCAACAAUAUUUAAAGGUUUAUCAACACAAGAUAUUCAACAGUGCUUCUGGAGAGGAUAUGUCUGUGUGAGGGGUUUUGACAGGAUAUCACGAGCACCCCGGCCUCUGAUGGCCAGGCUCCACAUGCCAGCCAGCAAAUUGCCCAAGCCCCAGCCUAAAGAGAAGCCAAAAAAAGAGCCUAAACAGAAGACAAAAAAAGAGUCAAGUUCGGCGAAAGGACAAGGACCGGAACCAAAUCCAAAACUUCCAGAAUUGGUUUCUAGCAGUCACGACCUUCAGAACAGGAAAACAGCCUGAAGACAAGUCUGAACUACUCAUCCCAUACUGUGUAGCUCAGCGGCAUGUGUAUAAUGACAAAGUCAUUAUGUAACUUAACCUUGAGCUUUUUUUCUUGUAAUGCUCAGAGACUGAGCCGUUUUUCUAUACUAGGACCCAAUAAUGUCCCAUUGGUAACAGAAUAGGUUCUAGCUUCUUGUUCUUAAAAAAGAAAAAAUCAUUACAGGCAGAGGAAUGUGAGCCCUUUAAAUUUAAUGCUAAGAUAACAUGAAAUGAGGCUACUUACAGAA